GCAGGAAGCUGAGAUGCCAGAUGAGGUGAACAUUGACAUCCUCCUGGAGAUGGCGACGGAUGAGGAAAGGGCCAAGAAACUGCAGGGCAUUUUGGAGUCCUGCCACAGCAACACUGAGGACUUCAUCCGAGAACUCUUGGGGAAGCUACGAGGGCUGCGGACGGAACACGUCCUCCGAAGGAUGAGCCCCGACAGCCGAGGGGAUGCAGAGCCGGACGCCAACAUCCGGGAGCGGGUGUGACAUUGGGGGGGGGGCGGUGCGGGGGGCGCAGCACCAAGCCUGCUCCAGCAGGCAGAAGGGUGGGCAGCCAGAAGCUGCCGCUGCUGUGAAGAGGGGCGGGUUUCCUUGCUAAGGGGUGCCUGGCUGGAAAGGCGCCAUUGGCACCAAGGGGUGGGGGCCCGUCCUGUUGCACCUCUUGGCCAAAAUCCACUGCUGGACCAGGCCAGGAGGGUGUCCUGCUGGGCCUGCCAGCCUCGCUGGGCCCUUCCUGCCCAGCAGCUCGUAGAACUGGUGUCCUUCCAAUUUGUAUAAAUCUCUGUACCACGGACACGGUGUCUGUCUGCUUGGUUUUUCUCCUGUAAUAAAAGUGUGUUGUCUUUCA